UCCUCUCCAAUGCAAGCAGGUCCUAUCCCUUUUCCUUCUCUCCUGAUGAUGCUGUUUUCUGUCUCUAGAGACCCGGCCCCAUCUCUAGCUAGAAAGAGAAAGCAGCAGGAGGAGGACAAGCAAAGCUACCGGCCGGCCAGUCCCCUAAAGAUUGACCUGAGAUUGCAUAAUAAGAGAAUUUGUUGCAAGAUAUGGCUGCUGGAUCCUAGAGGUUCUGUUGUGUGCUCAAGCCAAACAUGAUGGGUGGAGGGGAAUUCAAGAGCUCUUUGCUGCAGCAGAUGAUGUGGAGUGGUGGUACAGACAGCAAGAAUAUGAUGAGUAGCUUGAUGCCUUGUGCCGAGGAGCAAGAAGCCUCCAACAAGAUGCCUCCCUUAUCUUCUUCUUCCAUGCUCCUCCCCCAGCACCUCCUUCAAAUCUCUUCUGAUCUGGCUCCUGACGAGGUGAACGCCAGUACUGCAACUUCUUUGGCAAGCAGCGAUCUGCAUGAUGGGCGGGAGAGCAACAUGCCGGAGUCAUGGAGCCAGCUGCUUCUUGGGGGAUUAGUUGGAGAUCACGAGAGAUACAGCGCUGCCACAGCUCUACGGUCAAAAGGAUUAGAGGGACCUCCUAAUAUGCCUCAGGCUGCAGCAGCUUACAAUCUCUAUGGCCAUGGUGGUGGUGAGGAGAUCCAGACAUCGGGGACCAAUAAAUCUCAGGUGAGCCAGAUGCUCUUGGCGUCCUCUCCUAGGUCAUGCAUCACCACAAGCCUCGGCAGCAACAUGCUAGACUUCUCAAACAGCACAGUGCAGGCACCGGAGGGCAACAGUACUGCAAGUGGUUCAGCUCCAAAGAAGGCUAGGGUUCAAACCUCUUCUUCAGCACAAUCUACUCUAAAGGUAAGAAAGGAGAGGCUUGGGGAUAGGAUAACAGCGCUUCACCAGAUAGUGUCCCCAUUUGGCAAGACUGACACUGCCUCCGUACUACAGGAGACUAUUAGCUACAUUAGCUUCCUCCUGAGUCAAAUUGAGGUUCUCAGCUUGCCCUACUUGGGAGGCCAUGGCAACGGGAACUCCAUGCAACAACACCACACCGUAGCUAGUUUGCUGAACCGUAGCACUAGCAAUGGUAUGGCAGAAGCUGAAGCCUCGACCGAGCAGCAGGAGGAGAUAAAUAAUAAUGGCGGCGGUGACGACGAGGAGGGCUCCACCAAGGAUUUGAGAGGCAGAGGGCUGUGCCUGGUGCCGGUGUCGUGCACGUCGCACCUCGCCGGCGACGACUCCGACUUCUGGGCGGUGGCCGCGGCGCCACCACCUCCGCCGCCGCUCGGCAUCGUCUGGCGGUAGAGAUGCAUGCAGCAUCGAUCAUCAUAUAUAUCCAUGCAUCUAGAUCUCCUGGUGAUUUAUACUAUUGAGGCCUGGUGAUUUUGGCAGUCCGGCCGGUUGCUACUUGCUAGCUUCAUCUCUAGCUACCUACCUACCAUGAUGAGUUGCUAUUAUAUUCACCAUGGAAUAUAUACGACAAUGGAGCUAGCUAGCGAGCACCUACCGGCUGGCUGUAUGUGUGUCAGUGUGUGUGUGUGUGUGUGUGUGUGUGUGUGUGUGUGUGUGUGUGUGUGUGUGUGUGUGUGUGUAGAUAUAUGUAUACAUAUGGUAUAUAUACAUUGAUGACGAUGGCGCUAGCAUAUAUCAUCAGGAGCCGUCAUUCUGUCGCAGCAGCAAGUACUUGUAGGAUGAUUGCUCUUGAUGCUAUCGUGCGCAUUCAUUUAUUAUAUACCUUUCAUUUUUGAGCGAGAGAGAUUUUAUAUACAUAUAUUAUGAUGUGUAUAUGUGUGGGCUGCUACACCACUGUCCCUGCGCUGUGUACCCUUUUGGUUUUGGAUAUAUAAUAUAAUAUGUACAAGAAUUAA